GCAAAUAAGGUUUUAACCCGAUUGCAAAUACGUGCAUCAACUAUUUGAGCUGUAAAACUUGUGCUAUCGACGACGAUAUGGCUGGAUUGAUCCAACGACACGGUUCCGUCCUCGCACGUCGAUUUCUCACCAGUGGACAGAAAAUUGCCCGCUGCAGAUUUCUGCCACUCUCGGCCAGAAUGCACACCAGCAGCCAGCUGGCGAAGCUGGUUUCCUUCAAUCUGUCCGACAUCGGUGAAGGCAUCCGGGAGGUGACCGUUAAGGAGUGGUACGUCAAAGAGGGAGACACCGUGGAGCAGUUCGAUAAUCUGUGCGAAGUGCAGAGUGACAAAGCGUCGGUUACCAUUACCAGCCGGUACGAGGGUAAAAUCGUAAAGUUACACAAACAAGUGGACCAAAUCGCCCUUGUUGGUAGUCCACUGCUGGAUUUCGAUGUAGAAGACGAAGCAGACAGCGAGAGCAGUAGCAGCAGCUCGGAAUCGGAUGAAGAGGUGCUUGAACAAGGCCAACAGGCAAUGGUUGCGGCGGGACACGGACAGACCAUGGUUGCUUUAACCUCCAGUGGUAAAGUACUUGCUACGCCCGCGGUUCGCCGGAUAGCCAUGGAACAUAAAGUUGACCUACAUAAGGUGAAACCGACCGGACGAAAUGGGCGUGUCCUAAAAGGGGAUGUUCUGGAGUAUUUGAAUAUCAUUCCUGCCGGAACUGUGAAACCACAUCCUACAUUGUUGAGUGCACAACCACCCGCGACCGCCCGUUUGGUAGAUGAAGAUAAGACACCGGCGGAAACGGUUGUACCACUGAAGGGAGUUGCAAAAAUAAUGGUUAAAUCAAUGACCGAAUGUCUGAAAAUACCGCACUUUGCGUAUAGUGAUGAGAUUGAUGUUUCCAAAUUGGUUAAAAUUCAAAAGAGUCUAAAAGAAGAAGCAUUAGCUCAGGGAGUGAAGCUAACCUUCACGCCCUUCUUUGUGAAAGCCGCAUCCAAUGCUCUUAAGCAAUUUCCCAUUCUGAACAGCUCAUUCGAUGAAGCCAAUGAGAGUUUGAUCUACAAAUCAUACCAUAAUAUUAGCAUCGCAAUGCAUACCCCGCAAGGCUUGGUGGUACCGAACGUAAAGAACGUUGAACGAAAGUCGAUCCUCGAAAUUGCGGUCGACAUAAACGCCCUUCAAGAGCGAGGAAUGAACGGUACCCUCAAGCCAAGUGAUUUCGCCAACGGAACGUUCUCCCUUUCAAACAUUGGAAUGGUCGGCGGUACCUAUACUCACCCGUGCAUCCUAGCGCCACAGGUGGCGAUCGGUGCUAUCGGUCAAACUCGGCUGCUGCCGCGAUUCGACGCCAACGGGAACGUAAUUGCGGCCAAUAUCAUGACGGUCAGCUGGUCAGCAGACCACCGAGUCAUCGAUGGUGUUACGAUGGCCAGCUUCUCGAAUGCCUGGAAAAAAUGGCUCGAAAAUCCACAUCUCUUCCUGCUGGCAGCCAAGUAGGCGUCGGAACCAAAAGCGAGCCCCUGCCCACGAUGAUCGAUUCGCAGAUAUUUGUGCAUGCGUAAAUUUAGUUUAUUAUAUUCCUGAAACAUCGAUAAAAUUGGAAAUUUACCCAUGCGCAAGUGUUGGCACACGUUGGGCAUCGCUAGCAAGAACGCUAAAUCUGAAACGAUUGCAUUUAGGAGCAAGUUCUAAGCCAAUAUUGCAUUUACAUUUACUAAAUCACUUCGUUUAUGUGAGAGAUUUUUACUUUUUUCUAUGUAGUUAGGAUGUUCUCAAACUUGAGCCAUAAGAACGUGAAACGUUUCAAAGCAGGUCUGUAUAUAUAAUAGGAAAUAAAUUGACUUGAAGCAGUGCGGUAAAUUUUUAUUCCGAAUUAAAACAUACGAAAUCGAUUAAAAAAUGUUGUUGA